CCUUAUCGGCUGGGUUUAUCCAGGUAAGAAAAUGUCAACUAUGCAUUCAACCGUCCAGGCACUCAACAAAUGUCUCUUGCUGUCGUAACUGUCUAUCAGCUAUUGCUUCGGUAAGUUACAUUUCGAAAUCGGAAAAAAAGAGAAAAAGGGUCACUCGAUAGUAAUCCAACGUGUUUGUUAUGUUGUUGUAGAUGAAAGCUGUUGAUUCCACAGAUCAGCAAGAAAAGAAGCAGUGGUUAACUUACUGGGUGAUUUUCGGAUUCGUGCACAUCCUUGAUGAAUUCUCGGAUGCUAUUCUGUAUAUGGUGCCGUUCUUCUUUUUAUUCAAGACAUUGUUCCUUCUUUAUCUCGCUUUGCCCCAGUUCAAGGGUGCGGCAGUCCUGUACGACCGUAUGGCGUUGGCUUUCCCAGAUUACUUUGGCAAAGCAUCUACCCGUGUGCCUCCGAGAAAAGAAAACUAAUGCGUCAACUUGAUAACCUAGUAUACUGUCUAUACAAUCACCAGAUUGAAACCCCGUUUGUUAUAGCCAUAUAAUGUAAAAGCCAGACACCUGUCAUUUGUUAUGAUCAUAUUGGGCCGAGUGUUAAAAAAAAGGAAAUACGAAUAAAGUCAUAUCAUUUGCAAGAUACGAAUAAAAUCAUAGUAUCUGCAAAGACAUGAACAAAGCCAGAGCAUCCAGUUACAUCAUCUUUGGAAAACACAAAUAAAAUGUUAUCCCG